UAAACUCUGCAACACAAUGAGAAAUGAUACUUUAAGAAACACUCAACAGAACAUCAAAUUUAGGUGGGAAAAUUAAGAUCCACGCGUACGCAAGUUUUACCAUUUGUCCAGCUCUAUGACUUUGGCGGCUCUCUUCUUUGACUGUAAGCUCCAUUCCAAAACGAGUCACUUCUGCAAACACAGGGUGAUCAAGAUAUUAUAUUAUAGAACGAUUUGACUAUCUUUUUAUGACUAAAGAAAUACCCGAAUAUAACAAAGAUUCACGCCAACAGAACACAGAAGAAGGGUGCACUGAAGAGGAGACUCCAAGAAAGAAGAGGGCAGAGAGCCAGAGAUUGGACUGUUUUGGUUGCAAAAACCAGACCAUAUCUCACUCUCCCUCGUUCUUUUUCCCUGGAAUCUCUUUUAUCUUGUUCCUUUGCAUUGCCAAGAUUGUUUUUAGACAGUUAAAAGAUGAGUCUCCCAUCUCAGACAGCUGAGAACGGCAAGAUUGGCCUUGAUUCAGGCGCUGUCCGUCUCAAGGAACUAGGCUACAAACAAGAACUCAGGCGUGAUCUGUCGGUGUUUUCCAAUUUUGCCUUUUCGUUUUCGAUCAUAUCGGUGCUGACUGGCAUAACCACCUUGUAUAACACUGGCUUGAGUUUUGGCGGGCCAGUUUCAUUGCACUAUGGGUGGUUUAUAGCUGGUGGGUUUACCAUGAUUGUUGGGUUAGCAAUGGCUGAGAUUUGCUCCGCUUACCCAACCUCUGGGGGUCUCUACUAUUGGAGUGCAAUGCUUGCUGGCCCUCGAUGGGCACCCUUUGCCUCAUGGUUAACUGGCUGGUUCAACAUUGUUGGUCAGUGGGCUGUUACAACCAGUAUAGAUUUCUCACUUGCACAGUUGAUUCAGGUGAUCAUUCUUCUUAGCACAGGUGGAAAAAAUGGUGGAGGGUAUGAGGCAUCAAAAUACGCAGUCAUUGGUAUGCAUGGGGGAAUUUUACUCCUGCAUGCUAUUCUUAAUAGUCUUCCCAUCUCAUUGCUAUCUUUCUUUGGACAACUGGCUGCUGCCUGGAAUCUUUUAGGUGUUGUAGUUCUUACAAUUCUCAUACCCUGUGUCGCGACCGAGAGGUCCAGUGCCAAGUUUGUUUUCACAUAUUUCAACACAAAUAAUGGGGAUGGAAUCAAUAGUAAACCCUACAUAUUUGUUCUUGGACUUUUGAUGAGCCAAUACACCCUUACUGGGUAUGAUGCAUCUGCACAUAUGACAGAGGAAACCAAGGGUGCUGAUAAGAAUGGACCUAAAGGAAUAAUCAGCGCCAUUGGGAUAUCUGUUAUAUUUGGAUGGUUUUACAUUCUUGGAAUAACCUUUGCUGUUACCGACAUACCUUACCUCUUAAGUGAAGAAAACGAUGCUGGUGGUUAUGCCAUUGCUGAAAUAUUUUAUCAAGCAUUCAAGAAUAGAUAUGGAAGUGGAACUGGUGGAAUUGUUUGCUUAGGAGUAGUUGCUAUUGCCAUAUUUUUCUGUGGGAUGAGUUCAGUUACUAGCAACUCCAGGAUGGCAUAUGCGUUUUCAAGAGAUGGAGCCAUGCCACUCUCAUCACUUUGGCACAAAGUGAACAAGCAGGAGGUGCCUAUAAAUGCUGUUUGGCUUGGUGCAUUUAUAUCAUUUUGCAUGGCAUUAACGUAUCUUGGAAGCACAGUUGCAUUUCAGGCCAUGGUAUCCAUUGCCACUAUUGGACUGUAUGUUGCUUAUGCCCUGCCAAUCUUCUUCAGAGUGACCUUGGCAAGCAAGUCAUUCACCCCAGGACCAUUCAAUUUGGGUCGCUAUGGUGUCCUGGUUGGUUGGAUUGCAGUCCUUUGGGUAGUAACCAUCUCAAUCCUCUUUUCAUUGCCUGUAGCCUACCCCAUUACCAAUGAGACGCUCAACUACACUCCUGUUGCUGUUGGUGGCCUGCUCAUCCUCACAGUUUCUUCUUGGAUCUUGAGUGCUAGGCACUGGUUCAAAGGUCCUAUAACAAAUGUAGAUAGCUGAAGUAGAUAAAUGAACAAUUUCAUUUCUUUGGAACAUUAUAACUUUUUUAGUCUUCUCUUGCAAUUUAUUCAGGAUUCUUAA